AAAAUAAAAUUAGAAAAAAAGAGAGAAAAAAAAUACCAUGAACUACAACACUCUCCGUAUCUCAUUCUCGUCUUUUCCAUUGUUGAAAACACUCCCCAAUUCUUCCUCUCUGAAACCGGCGACCCAAAUCGCCGCGAAAUCUGCUCACCGUCGAACCUUUAUCAUGAAUUCUAGCUCGAAGCUCGAUUCUAGAUCGUCGUCGUCGUCGACGUGUCUAGUUCCAGGGCUAGAAUCGGAGGAGAUGGAUAGAAUUGCGGAACAAAUGUACCGGCGCUAUUCGUCUUCUUCGUCUUCAGGGAUCAAGAGAGGAAAAGGAGUGGCCAUUGUUUGGUUCAGAAAUGACCUCCGUGUGCUGGACAAUGAAGCCCUGUAUAAGGCCUGGAUUUCGUCCGAGGCUGUGUUGCCGGUGUAUUGUGUUGAUCCUAGACUUUUUGGUUCUACCUGCUACUUCGGUUUUCCUAAAACUGGAGCAUUGAGAGCUCAAUUUAUUGUUGAAUGCUUGGCUGACUUGAAAAGGAAUUUAACGAAACGAGGCCUUAACUUGCUUAUUCAACAUGGGAAGCCUGAAGAAAUUCUCCCUUCUCUUGCAAAAGCUCUUGGUGCUCACACAGUUUAUGCUCAAAUGGAAACUUGUAGUGAGGAACUAUACGUUGAAAGAAUGGUGACCAAAGGCCUCAAAACUGUGGUGCUAUCACCAACCUCAGAGAAGUCUGCUAAGUCAAGUGCUGCUAGAAGCCCUACUUUUCAACUUGUUUGGGGCACCACCAUGUACCACAUAGACGACCUUCCAUUUGACACCAACAGUUUGCCUGAUGUCUACACACAGUUUCGUAAAUCUGUUGAAGCAAAAUGUGCAAUCCGAGAUUGCAUUAGACUUCCAGCUCUUCUUGGGCCUCCUGCAAGCAUCGAUAAUUGGGGAUCUGUUCCCUCACUUGAUAAGCUUGGGCUUCAACCUCCAAGUGUUGUUAAGGGCAUGAGGUUUAUUGGGGGUGAGAGCGCAGCUCUCUCCAGAAUUUAUGAGUACUUCUGGAAAAAGGAUUUACUACGGAUCUAUAAGGAAACAAGAAAUGGGAUGUUAGGACCUGACUAUUCCACAAAAUUCUCUCCAUGGCUUGCUUCAGGAAGCAUUUCACCUCGUCUCAUUCAUGAAGAGGUAAGGAGAUACGAGAGGGAAAGGGAAGCAAAUCAAUCUACUUACUGGGUUUUGUUUGAAUUGAUAUGGAGGGAUUACUUCAGGUUUCUUUCAGUCAAAUAUGGCAAUUCUCUUUUUCAUCUAGGUGGCCCAAGAAAAGUGGAGUUGAAAUGGAAUCAAGACAAAAAUUUGUUUGAAUCCUGGAGAGAUGGAUGUACAGGGUACCCUCUAAUAGAUGCUAAUAUGAAAGAAUUAUCAACAACUGGGUUCAUGUCAAAUCGAGGACGGCAGAUAGUAUGUUCCUUCCUUGUUCGAGAUAUGGGUAUAGACUGGCGUAUGGGAGCUGAAUGGUUUGAGACAUGUCUUCUCGAUUAUGACCCUUGCUCCAAUUAUGGAAAUUGGACAUAUGGAGCUGGUAAUUCGAUUCCCUUCCAACAUAUGGUAACUUUGUGCUUAAAUUCCCACAACCUCUAUGAACAGGAGUUGGGAAUGACCCAAGAGAAGAUCGUUACUUCAGUAUCCCCAAGCAAGCACAGACAUACGAUCCCGAGGGUGAAUACGUGGCGUAUUGGUUGCCUCAGCUACGAAUGUUACCCAAAGACAAGAGACACUUCCCAGGAAAAAUGUUGUACAUUGAACAAGUCGUUCCUUUGAAGUUUGGGAAUCCUGGAAAGCCUCAAAGCCAAGAUUCUGCAAGAAGAAAAAACUUUGGGGGGAAACAAGCAAAGGACUUCAGAAGAUAACACAACACUAUUCUCAAAAAAUCAAAUAAAAGAUGACGCUAUUUUAGGAAAGUAAGGUAUGAUCAAAAUUCAUAACCCCUUAUCUUCAUUCAACAAACACCAUUAUAUCUUUUCUUGUUCAAAAGUUAAAAAGUAAACCUGAGGAAGCUUGUGUGUAUUUUUUCUUACCUUCUCUUAGGUUUGAUUCUUUGAUCCUUUAGAAACUUCUUCAGGGCAAGGUUUAGUUUCGGGUUUGACCAUUGCUCGUGAGCUUACCGUUCACACGAGAAGGAAUCGUUGGAAUGAAAACAUGGCUAGAGAAAUCCUCCACAAUUGGUGGUAGGAGUGCUGCUUCAAGAUGUUCUUCUUUCCUUAUAUUUUUUUGGGAUCCUUUUGUUCUCAAAAAGGAAAAGGAAAGAAAAGCCUCUACCACUAACACUAUUAUACAGGAAAAGAUAUGGUUUUGUUCACUGGAGAAGAAUGCAACAUAGAGCGUGUACAUCUUUAUGAAGGUGAUAGGUACAAGUGAAACUAUCAACUUCAUUCUGUUGUAUUUUAUGAUUAUGUUACAAAAAAACGACAAACGAAGAGAAUCAAAUACUUCAAUUUAGUUUGAUAUAAGAAACUAA